UUGCCAGAACCAUGCUGGGGGGCUUAUGCGGCAGUGGUAGCGUUCCUAGCUCCAGGCCAGAAAAUCUAGGUUCAAAUCUCUCAGUUGGUGGAGCGGGUUCAGAGGAAAAGGGGCCGGUCAUUCCUUGUUCCCAUCGCAUCCAGCCUGCCAGAAUGGAGAAAAAGGUGGCCAGAGAAUUCAGACAUAAGGUGGAUGUAUUGCUUGACAAUGAUGCAGAAAAGGAUUAUCUUUAUGAUGUAUUACGCAUGUACCACCAGUCCAUGGAUCUCCCUAUUCUGGUUGGAGACCUGAAACUGGUGAUAAAUGAGCCAAGUCGUCUACCAAUGCUCGAUGCUAUCCGACCACUUAUUCCACUAAAACAUCAAGUGGAAUAUGAUAACCUGACACCAAAACGAUCACGGAAAUUGAAAGAGGUGCGUUUAGACCGAACACAUCCUGAAGGACUUGGCAUGAGUGUGCGAGGUGGUUUGGAGUUUAACUGUGGCCUCUUCAUCUCUCAAUUAGUAAAAGGAGGACAGGCAGACAAUGUUGGCCUGCAGCUUGGAGAUGAGAUUGUUCGGAUAAAUGGUCACUCAAUAGUAUCUUGCACCCAUGAGGAAGUGAUAAACCUAAUCCGCACUAAAAAGACUGUCUCUCUGAAAGUCAGACAUGUUGGAAUGAUUCCAGUUAAAAGUUCUUCUGAGGAAUCUUUGAAAUGGCAAUUUGUGGAUCAGUUUGUGUCAGAAUCUGGAGAUGGAAAGAUCAGUUUGGCUGGCUUGGCUUCACUGGGAAGCAAGGAAAUCAAGGAAAAAAAGGUCUUUAUCAGCCUAGUUGGCACAAAAGGCAUGGGAUGCAGCAUUUCUAGUGGUCCAACUCAGAAACCAGGGAUCUUUAUCAGCAAUGUGAAACCAGGAUCUGUAUCAGCAGAGGUUGGCCUAGAGGUUGGAGAUCAAAUUAUCGAAGUAGAUGGAGUAGAUUUUACAAAUGUGGAUCAUAGAGAGGCUGUCCAAGUGCUGAAAAGCAGUAGAAGCCUGACAAUUGUUGUGCUCACUGGCGCAGGGAAAGAGCUAUUCCAGACAGAACAAGAACGAAUGAAUGAACAUUAUCGACGUGAGCAAGAGCGUCAGGAAUUGAUGCAUCAGAAAAAGAUAGCAUUGGAAACCAAUAAGAUUGUGAAAGAACAACAAGAGAAGGAGAGGCUAAGGAAAUUAGAGAUUUCACAGAAAACCGCUGAAGAGCAAGAGAGAUAUCGCAAGGAAAUUGAACAGAUAGAAGCAGAGGAGCAGAAAUUUAAAAAGGAAUGGGAUGAAGACUGGGGACAACGAGAACAGCCUAAAAGUCCAAAAUCAGUUAGCACUGAUGUUUCCCCUCACCCACCACCGAAGAGUAAAACAAUUGGUUGGUUUUAUCGAUACGAUGGCAAAUAUCCCACUACCCGAAAGAAAGGGAAGGAGAGGAAGCGGUCCAAAGCUGAAAUAUUAUUUGAACAGAGGAAGAAUAAAAAGGAACUGGAAUUUGAACAGAAACUCGCAAAAGAGAAAGAGGAGAUGCUGGAGAAAGAAAAACAAUUGAAAAUAAAUCGACUGGUCCAAGAGGUAUCUGAAACAGAACGUGAAGAUCUGGAAGAGUCGGUAAAGGUUCAGCAUUGGGUGGAGAGGCUGUGCCAGACUCGAUUAGAGCAAAUCUCAUCAGCAGAGAAUGAAUCCCUUGAGGGGUCAACUGCACCACCACCUCCUUCAACCUCUGUUCGGAAGUUUGUCAGUGGCCUCCAACUGCAUACCACAGAUCUUGAUGACAUCAACUUAGAUCAAUUUGAACAGCCAGCAAAGCGAAUGGCACCUCCUCCACCAGCAUCUCAUCUUGUUCCACUACCACAGCCAUCCAAGAUUCCAUCAUCGACUGGCACACCAUCACGGAAAAAGCCUGCUCCACCUCCACCAUCUCCACAUCAUUCAAACCCGUCUCACAUCGGUUCCAGAGUAUCACCUGUGUCCCCAGUUCAACUUCUUCCACAACCUACCCCACCCCCUCCACCACGACCUCCCCCUCCAAUGCCCGUCCAUCCUAUUGCUUUGGCCCGUUCUCAUGGUACCAUCCCAGAAGCAAGAGAAAGCAACUUAAGCUAUUACUCCCAUGCUGGCACGGAGUCAGCUAAUGAUUGGGAAGUAAACAACCAUAGUUCAAAAGUUGGUUACAGUCCUGUGCAUAUCCUGACUGGUGAACAUUCAUAUCCACGUAGUUAUAAGGUUAUGAGAAACACAUCUCAUGCAAGCAGAGUCUCUUCCACGUCUAAUAUUCCAUUGCAACUAGCCCCAAGUCCACCUAUCCAAAAGCGACCAACGGGGCCGAUGGCUUCCAAACCAGUCAUGUUGCCCCCUACCUCUACCCAUAUGAACAAGACAAGGGUUAAAAUGGAUUUGCAACCAGAGAUGUUGAAGCGAAUGGUGGUCUACAAUUCAUCGAUUUGUUCUAAAGGAAAGCACGGCUUCCAGAAGUACGUGGAGGACUUUGAUCCUUAUUCCAUGUUCACAUCAGACCAGAUUGCAGGAAAGGAUGUUCGUCUCUUGAAAAUUAAAAAGGAAGGACCAUUAGAUCUUGCAGUUGAGGGGGGUAUCAAUUCCCCACUUGGGAAGAUUGUUGUAUCUGCAAUCUACGAUGGAGGCGCUGCAGAUAAGCAUGGUGGAAUAGUGAAGGGAGAUCAAAUAAUGGCUGUCAAUGGAAAGAUACUCACGGAUGCCAACUUACAUGAAGCUCAGACAACACUGGCAAAGUCUUGGAAUAGUGGUGGUGAUUGGAUAGACCUUGUUAUUGCUGUGUCCCCACCAAAGGAAUAUGAAGAUGAAGUGACAUUCUUUUGACAGUGAAGAAACAAAAGCAUCAGAGGGACAAUUCCUCUCCAGAAUCAAAUUAUCUCCGUAUUGGCCAAUAUUAGAAUUAUGAAAAUGCGAAAGAAGGAAGAA